CGCCCCCCAUGACCCUGCGCUCCACCGGGUCCCUGGAGAGCGCCGAGGGCUCCCGGGCGCGCUGGGGGCAGCCCGCGGCGGCGGCGCCCGUUGCCGAGGAGUCCCGUGAGGCGGCGCAGCUGGCCACGGCUAUGGAGGAGCUGCGGCGGGCAGGGUGGUACUGGGGCAACAUGACUGUUGCUGAAGCCAAGGAGAGAUUACAGGAUGCCCCCGAAGGGACCUUCUUGGUUAGGGAUAGUUCACAUUCAGAGUAUCUACUGACUAUUUCGGUAAAAACAUCAGCAGGACCGACCAAUUUACGUAUAGAAUACCAAGAUGGCAAGUUUAGACUGGACUCUAUCACUUGUGUCAGGUCUAGACUUAAACAGUUCAACAGUGUUGUGCAUUUGAUUGAGUACUAUGUUCUUAUGUGCAAGGACAGAACCGAAACGCCUUCAAACGGAACUGUUCAUCUUUACUUGAACAAACCUCUCUAUAUGUCUGCUCCAUCUCUGCAACACCGCUGCAGAAUAACUAUAAACAAAUGUACAAAUCAGAUCUGGGAGCUGCCUUUACCAACAAGACUAAAAGAGUACUUGAAAGAGUACCAAUACCAGGUAUAAAUAUCUCUUCUAAAUGCCUCUAAUGUAGAGUAACUUUUAAAUGCAAUUCUUAAAAUCAGCCAAAGAACUGAGUAACCAGUUGUACAACUCGGCAUGGAAUUCCCUAUCAAAACAGUGGCAGUUCUGGGGGAAAGGUUUUUAUUUCAGAUGCCACAAAGGGUGACUUUAUGUGGAAUGAUCCCAGAUUGCAUCCUCGGGAGUUCGACAAGGUGGCACGCUAUUCUUGCGAGGAGAGAGAAGCCAGGAAUCUGUCCAGAUUGUGUUGCUUUGUCAAUGGCAUAAAAUACUGCACUAUCAAAUGCUAACUGAAGCAGUGAGACUGGAAGAGACUACAGAAGUGGUCAGAUGUAUGAGAGUCCAUAAGUAUCUCAGUUGUCUGAUUCCAAGAUUAAUUUGGUGCUGGUGUUCGUAUAAUCCUGAAAGUUUAACUGGAUCACACUGUGAUAAUCUGCCAAAGUUAUGCAACUAAUCAAAUCCAGUCAAAAAAGUGAUCAUCUAUUCAGUUUUUAUUGAACUAUAAUUCUUGUGCUUUUCUGCAAGCAAAGGAGUACUGUAAGUAAUCAGUUUAAAACAUUGUUUUUCAAAGUUCUCUAAAAGCUGACCUUAAGGAGAAAUGCCGCAUCUUUCAUAGGAACCCAGUAUGUUGCUGAUUAUACCAGAUUGGUAUCCCAGAAUGUUUGUUAACAUGUUAACAUCUUCCCAGUGGUGAUAUAUCCAUGUUAUUACUAUUAAGCCUCUUUUGGUUGAGGCUUUAGGACUGUAUGCUGCAGACUUGCAGUUGCUGAGUUCCAAUCCAAAACAUGGAUAUCAGCAGUUACAGCUGUCUUCUACAGUGUAGAAUGUUUUCUUCAGCUUGUUUCCCAAAAUGUGGGGAAAUACGGAUUUGGGGUUGAUUUUGGAGGGGAUUGGUUUUGGUUUUUCUCUUUUUUUCUUUUUUCUUCUUUUUUUUUUUCCCUUUUCUUCUAAUUCACCAUUGUAGCUAUCAGACUAUUA